AUGGUCACUGGAACCGUUGUCCUGGUGCACGGACCGUUGUCCUGGUGCAUGGAGUGUUGUGCUGGUGCACAGACCGUUGUCCUCAUGCACGGAGUGUUGUGCUGGUGCACGGACCGUUGUCCUCGUGCAUGGAGUGUUGUCCUGGUGCACAGACCGUUGUCCUCGUGCACGGGAGCCUCCGUGUGCACAGUGUGCUUGGCGUGCUCGUUGCAGGAGGGUGCUCCUCGUCGAGGCACUCACCUCCAGCAGGCUGCAUUUGGACACCAGGGGUGUCCUUUUCUUCCUUGGCGUGCACAGGCUGCGGAAUUCUUGCCCAGCAUGGCUAAAGUCUUCCAUCGAAUCUGUGCCGCCUUUCGCCGGGUUUUUCCUAUGGCCUAUGCUUUUUGUUCCCACCCAGACAAACCCGGGCUGCUGACCCAUCUAGCAAGAAAAUAUGUGUUUAGAAACAGAAGAGGCCGUCCUUCGAGGAAACUACCUCGAGCUGACCCUCCUCAGGCUCCUUCUCUUCCUUCCCUUUAUGAGGAUACAGAGGAGGAAGACAACAACGAAGCUCCACCUGUUGUUGCACCAGAGCCUGAACAGCCAAACUCUACCAAUACAUGCUCUGGAACAAAAUCUUCCACUGCCCUGGAAGCCGCUGCACUGGAAGUCGCUGACAAAGACAACACUCCCACACCUGAGAUCCCCUACCUGAGCUCUUCCAGCAGUUCCUGCAGCAGCACCAACGGGCAGCAAAAGACGGUAGAGGAGGACAGCCUAGAGAAACUGAGGAGUAUUGUGAGUGUGGGAGAUCCUAUGAAGAAGUACGUUGAAUGGGAAAUGAUUGCCAGUGGGUAAGUCUGAUCACAGUUCCUUCCACAAAGCCAGGUAUUUUGCUGGUGCAAGGUCAGGCGGGAAGUCAGACAGGCUCCAAGCAUGUUCAGACGCUGCGUUUAGAUCCUCCUGCCUCUCAGUGCUGAUCCCAAUUUAGAACUCUGGCAAGAUGGCAUCGUCAAAGACAACAGCAUGCGGAAAACAAUAGUCAGUGGUCAGCAGUAUAACCACAUCGUUUAGAAACGGAAAACAGAGAUAAAAAAGAAACUUUCUUUUGUAGCAGAAGUAGUAAAACCUAAUUCAGUAAUAGACCCAGUGUCAAGGCAGUUGAGAGGAAAAUGCAUCCUGAUGAUGGCAAAUGACCUCAAAGGUGGCUGGAGACUGGUUUCCUUACAGGCUGGAGAAAGCCAUUUCUAGAUCCUUUCCUCAAAUGGCCCCUCACAUGUGUUCAGGCUUCUCAGAGUAGGGUGUUGCCUGAGAUUGGCAGAGACCUUCAAAGGAGGGAUCUGAGAACAAAGCAGUUAGAGGUCUGAGCACUCAACAAGGCCAAAUGGAAAAAGAAGGAAAUAUAUUCCUUUCCAGUUUUUGUGGACAUGCUCCCCCACCUUAGGGAGGGGUCUGAAUUAAGUUAAUCUGGGCUGUACACUUGAGAUUUUCUCCAGCCCUUCAUGCUGCACCCAAGUUUUCUCUUGGAUACCCUGCAUGGCACAGGGCCGGUAGGCUGCUCUGCUCUUGGCUGAAGCAUACAUGGAGCCAGGUGAUUU